UGUAUAAAAGCUAGGAUGUGUAUCUCUGAUGUCAAAAUCAGAACGAUGUUGCUUUGGAUUGUUUUCACUUGCCUUAGUUUUCUGUGUAUCACAGAGUCGAACAUAUUGUCUCCCCUGACUGAUGGUGAAAUACAGAAUGUCACAAGUCUGGUGGGCGUGGACUUGGAUAACAGAAACACCGACGUCUUCAGACAAUUACUAAACCAGGAGACACUGAUCAGAAUUGCGCUGGUUAAAAAUGUCCACUCGCUUAUGAAAGACAUGGUGGAUCUAAAACAAAGUAUGGGAACCACCACCAGACAACUCCUGGAUGCGGAGAAAGAGAUAGCGCAUCUAAAACAAAACGUUAUCUCACUAAAGACCGAAAACCAGAAUCUGAAAGGAAAAGUUCUAAAAUUUCAACAAGUAUUGGAGGACAUUGACCGGAAUUUCACUCUGGCCGCCAAAAGCCGUAUUGAAUAUGAGAAGGAACUAGAUACGAAAAUGUCAGUGUAUGAGAAGAACACUUCCAAGAUACUGGACGACAUCAAAGUAGAAGUUCGGUAUUUAUCUUUAACGUUGUUAGACCUCAAGGAACACAAUUUGGCUGUGGAAAUAUCUAUUCCGAAACUCGUAGAAAAGAAGUUCACACUUUUGUCCGAAAGAAUGAAUGAUUCGCUCGUGUGGAUGAAGGGAAGUCUUCUCUCUUCCAACAAUUAUCAUAAACAAUUGUCGAAAAACUUAUCUGACGUGGAAAAUUAUCAAUCCACUAUAAUGAAUAUAUUGUCAGAUAACAUUAACAAAACCAUGUAUGGUAUCAAAGCGGAAGUUGAACAAUCCCAGAAUGAUCAGUUGAAGCUGUCAUCUGCUGUGUCGUCCCUGGAGGUUUUUAGAAUGAAUAUGUCAUUAAAUAGCUGUGGCGGGAAAGCAGCUCCUGUAGGAUUUACUGUGGGCGUGACGAGCUCCUCAUCUUCCUGGUCUGGUAGUACCUUGGUGUUUCCUCACGUUGUUUAUAAUGGUGGAAAUGGAUACAACCCCAGCACCGGAAUCUUUACCUCACCCACUGACGGGACAUACGUGUUCUUUGUCAAUGCUAAUGUGUACGAUAGUAAUUAUCUAUACUUAGAUAUUGUUCUUAAUGGGAACUCAAAAGUUAGAUCAAUGUCGCAUAAUUCUGCAAAUUAUAUGACGGGAACAAACAUGGCUGUACUUUUGCUAAACAAAGGGGACAGAGUUUGGGUCAGACGACACGGAGGAACAGGAUACUAUUCCCAUUCUGUGCCCAUAACAGCAUUUACUGGCUUCCUUCUCUGAUGACAAUAGAUCAAACGAUAAACACUAGUCAACAGUAAUUGAUAUGCACUGAUUAUCAUUAUUAAAGUAGAAACAAAACAGUCAUAUUACAGGGUAUGCUAUUCUGUAGUCUUAGUGACUGUUUCAGUGACAGUUUACAAAGCCAACCCACAAUGGUAAAUUCAUUUUUCAGUAUUGCACUUAUAGACACGAAAAACAUUAAGAUGUGAUAUCGUGGUGUCACGUGAUUCAGCAAAUCUCUGUGAAAAAGUAGACCAGUCAUCCAUCGUUUUGUCGACAUGGUUAAUUUCACAGAUCUAGAGUGUAAUCCAAUUUUCUGGCACAGGCACUUGUUUCAUACAUGAGUCCCCCUCCUUAAUAAUUAUUAAGGAGUGGGGACUCAUGUAUGAAACAAGUGCCUGUGUUUUCUGGACUGCACUUUGGUUUUCUGAUUCCGUGAAAUUGAUUACACCACACUGCAUCAACGCUUAAUUGUGUUUGUAAAAAAAAGAUUAAUAACCGCAUCACAGACUAGGCAAGGUACAAAUUAAUGUCACUUUAAUUAGGGAAUUCUGCUAAUCAGAAAUUCAUUUAUCUUUAGAUCUGUUCGUUAUCUUCACCUUACAUCAAAAGAGAUGUGAAACCAAAGAGAUGAUGGCAUUUGCACUGCUUUUGAAAUCAAAUACAAAAUGGGCACUUUAAAGAAAUUUUCACGAAAAUUACACCCGAUGCCUUGCCCUCUUUAUUCCUCACGAACAUAUUAACAGCUGUGAAGGAGAAACUUCAAACGUACUGUGCGACUACAUAUGUUAGAAGUUGUGUAAAUCAAAUGUGGAUUCUAAAAACAUUCUAAAGAACUUUUAGUAAAUUUGAAAUCGCAAAACUUUCUUAAAUCAACAAAAUCAAAACCUAUGACUAUUCAACACUAUACACGACCAUUCCUCACGAUAAAUUAAAGACUACACUUUUGACAUCAUAGACAGUUGCUUCUUCAACAAAAUUGGAGAACUGAAAUAUUCAUAUCUACUGUUCAAUCAUCCAAAAAAUUACUUUGCUAAACACCACUCUGAUUCCAUAUACAAGUACUCUGAAGUUGAAAUAAAAAUAUGCUGGAGUUCUUCAUUGACAAUAUCUUCGUUGUCUUUGGUGAUCAGAUCUUUCAACAGUCUGUUGGAAUUCCAAUGGGUACGAAUUGUGUUACUUUGUUAGCUAACUUACGCUGUGCAGUAAACAUUAGACCUACACAUGUAGCCUACACAUAUCUUCUGUUAUCAAGAUUAUUUGCAAACACCACCUUGUGUUUUUAAAUUUGAUUAGACUAAAAGUACAUAUGCUCCAGUUAUGCAAGGAAGGUUUUAUGGGUCGACGCUUCCUCAGUUUGAAUCCUUGCGCGGUGCAAGUGAUUUCUAUUUCUCAGUGUUAGUUUACUUUUUUGUAUAAAGAAGACUUGUACAGUGUA